AUGCUGAACACCGAUUUGGGGAAGCCCCAAGAUGACGUGGCAGUGUAUGAGUACACAGACAUCCCAAUGAGCGUGUCCUUGUCCACGUACGUUUAUAAAUUUAAGCCAUGGAAUAAUGACACGCGUUAUUUAUAUCCCCCCGAGAAGAUGCAGAGAGAAAUAGACGACCUAAAUUUGCUAAUGAAGUCGAUGGUUCCAUGGACUUCCACCCUGUUCAUGUCGACCAUUUCGUGCACCCUGAUGUUCAUAGGCUUCUGUGGACUCAUCACAUUUUUUCACUUCAAAAACGACGUCGAUACUUCCUUUAUAUUUGCAUGCAUUUUUUUAGCGUCCUUUAUCCACUACUUUAUAAGCCUAGUGUUCAGGUACUUAAUAACCAAGUCUGUGAUUAUGUCCGUGGAGUCCAGGAUAAAGGAACUAAACGAGAAGUACGACAACGACAAAAUCUAUUUUAAGUUAAUUAAUUUAAGUGCCUUUGGAUUCAAGUAUUUAAAAUUUCACUGGGGUCACAACAACACUAUCCACUAUGCGCUGCGUGUUGUGUACAAGUAUUGCGUAAUAAUAUGA